AAAUUGAGGCACCAUGAAGAAAAGAAACGAAACUUCUCCCAGUUAUAUAUGAAAUCUCUGCAGAGCAUGCAGCAGCCAUAUUUCGUAGCAAAGGAGAUAAGAAGAUCGAUAUAUAUAUGGAAGCAGUAAAGAUGGUGAUGAGAAAGGCUCUCCCUUUCUUCCAGCUGACAGCCAUAAUAAUGUUCAUGGUGCUGAUCAUUCUGUCUUCAGCAGUUCCGGCAGAGGCCACCCGCCGACUCCUCCAACGUGGACCCACGGUACCAUCGGGACCCAAUCCUUGUAGUUAUGUUCCUGGAACUGGCAAGUGUAUUGGACGACAUGGAUAAACCUCCCGGCGGCCGGCGGUGUAUUCCUAUACAUCUCAAUGUAUUUUGUUUGGCUGGUAAUAAAAAUAUACUAAUGGGCAUAGAGAUCGUACUAUGAGCCUAUGAUCAGUAAAUAACUGAAAAUCACUUUAUGUUCUGCAAAUCGAUUCUGGUUGUCAAGAUUAUUCAUCAUAUUAGAA